AGUUGUGCGACACAACGGUCAACUUGUGUUUGUGUUCAGCGUAUUAUGUGUGGAGAAUGAGGCAAGUGAAACGCGCAUUGCCAGGUCAGUGUCAGGCGGCACAUCACCUGCUCGUCAUCGGCCUCCUCCUCGUCGGCGGCGCAUUAAUAAUUCAAAGCGAGCAGCUCGGCGAGGCGAAAGCUCAGCGGGGACACGAACCGGCGCUCGGCGAGGUGAAUUUGCCAGAGCGGGACAACGGUGCGUAUGACUUUCUCAACUCCUUUAUAGAUUCUUCAAGAGCGGCGGCGCAAAUGUCUUUUUUCACAGGAAACGGAAAUGAAACUUUAAACAGCAAUUUCAGCGAUGCGCAGAGCCAUCGCAAGCCACGCAGCGUCUUCCAUGUUCGCUGGAAUCCCAACGAAAAGUUCAUUGUGGAAAGUCGCGAGAAUCCGGCCAUAAAUUCCUCUAAAUUGGCUCCACAUCCCCGGCUGAAGGUAUCCAAGAACACCAAGCUGACACUGAGCCCAAAGCUGUAUCUCUGCCAUGACAAGCACUCGGAGCUGUGUCACAACAAAACCCAGCAGUUCCGGCAGCGCAUUGUCCAGACCUUCGAGAAGGCCAUGAUUGAGUCCGUCAACGAAUCGCAGGCGAAUCACUAUAAUGUGGACUAUAAGCCGGUAUUCGGGGAUAGUUUCGAGGAGCAGUACUAUCCCUCCACUUGUUUGGUGAUGGAGGCAGGCGUGCGAGUCCUGCGAAGGAAGGAUGCUCCUUUUAAUAAGCUGCCCUUUGGGAGGCUCUUCCCACGCCAGAAACUCUUUCGCAAUAUCAAGGAUAUCAAAACCUGUGCGAUUGUCUCAAGUGCAGGAUCACUGGCAGGUUCUAAAUUGGGUCGAUUUAUAGACACGCAUGACAUUGUGAUGAGAUUCAAUCACGCGCCAACGCAAGGACACGAGGUGGAUGUUGGCAGCAAAACCACAAUUCGUGUGGUGAAUUCGCAAGUGGUGACCAAGCCCGAGUUUGACUUCACCCAUGCCCCCAUCUUCCGGAAUGUGACCAUUGCCGCCUGGGAUCCGGGCAAGUAUAAUGGAACCCUGGAGGAUUGGCUGACCAGUGCGGAUUACGAUCUGUUUACCAACUAUGAGAUAUACAGGCGUCGUUAUCCCAAGUCAAGGGCCUUCCUGAUCGAUCCUCAUUCCGUGUGGCGACUCUGGCAGAGUCUGCAAAUGUUUGCCGGAAAUAAGCCAAUCAGCCGCAAUCCUCCCAGUUCGGGUUUUAUAGGAUUGGCUUUGCUCCUGCCGCACUGUCCGCAGGUGGACUUUGUGGAGUAUGUUCCAUCCACACGGCUCAAUGGACGCUGUCACUACUACAGCAAAGAGAUGAAUUCCGCCUGCACCUUUGGGUCCUGGCAUCCACUGGCCGCCGAGAAGCUGAUGGCUUUGGACAUGAACAUGGCGGAGGACGAUGACAUAUCUGUGUUUCAGUUUGGCAUUCUGAGGAUACGCCGGCCGGACAAACUCCUCUGCGGCUUCAACUUCUUUGGCUACUGAGGAGAAGGAACUGGAGCUGGAGCUGGAGCUGGAGGCAAAGGAAGUACUUCGCAGGCGGAAGUGACAAUCCAGGUGCAUUUAAUCAAGCGGUUUU